AUGGACGGGCGGUCAGCGGGAAAAAGGCACCGUGGGCGAGGAUCCGAUUCGUGUGUCGAGAGUCAUGGCAGAUGCCGCUGGGCGCGUCGUCAGCGUCAGACGGGAGAACGUCGGUCAAACCAUGUCAACACUACUCGAUUUCUUCCGUCAGCUAAGAACAAUGGCACAAACACAAAGUGCUUCCGAUGGCAUGGGGUUGGUGUAAGCACAGCAGCGGGUGCGAUAACGCACUUGAGCUUGGUAAAGACGUUAGGCGCAUUGGCAACCCCAUACCCUUUCCACCCCCCCUCACAACCUCCCCACAAUUCGGCACUUGAGCCUCAAAACGGUACUGUCUCUGACUAUCCUUCUAGAACACACGAAGACUAUGGUGUGCAUUCUCUUGCACCAGAAUGCAAGGAACUAACAACAAGCAAAGCAACACUUCCAUGGAGAUACAUGCCACCGGAUUUUCACUCAACAAGUACAGGGUUCAAGCAAAAUAAGACUUGCCACAUACGUGCACCUUUUUGCGACCCCUCUUCUCUCCAACCACGACAAUGUCACGUCCAAAACACACCCAAGUAA